AUGAAGACAUUCACUUUAUAUUCAAAGAUUUUUACGUUUCUUUUUAUAAUUUGGAUAUUCCAUUGUUUUUACAACUAUGAUUACAGUAGGUCUUUGAUUGAUAAGGAUGCAUUACAAAUGAAAAAUUGGUUAAAAAAUGAAAGAACAUUAGCAGAGGUUGGUAUAUUGGAAAAAGAACAAAAUAAUUUGCGUGAUAUUUAUGCUUCUUCUAAUGAAACAUGUAAAAAGAUCAAUAAAUGUGGAGAUCAAAUAUUAGAUGUUAAAUCGAAUAAUAAUUCACAAAAUUGUGAGUCAUAUCCACCAUGA